AUGGCAGCCAGUGUUGAUGCAAGUUCAAGCUCAUAUGAUCGCAUGAAGGAAGUGAAGGAAUUUGACGAGUCAAAGAUGGGAGUCAAGGGCCUCUCCGAUUCCGGCAUCACUUCCAUCCCUCAAAUUUUUGUCCACGACCCUCAGACCCUAUCUGACCUCAAACCCUCCUCCAACCCAACUGCCGCUGUCAUACCCACCAUCGACCUCUCCCAAAUCACCUCCCCUGCCCACCGCCACGAUAUCGUUGACCAGGUCAAAGCCGCCUCGAAAACCUUUGGCUUCUUCCAGGUCACCAACCACGGGGUGCCCGUCUCGGUCCUAGACGAGACAGUGAACGCGGUCAAAGCUUUCCACGAGCAGCCCCUUGAGGUGAAAGCCAAGUACUACAAGCGAGAUGAAGGAAAGGGAGUUAUGUAUGCCAGCAACAACGACUUGUACCGUACAACCGCCGCCAGCUGGCACGACUAUCUGCAUAUGUGGAUGGGGCCGGAGCCGCCCAACGUGGAGGAGAUCCCGGAGGUGUGCAGGGAAGAGUUGGUUGCAUGGGAUUUGCAUGCAACCAAGGUGGCUGAUGACGUUAUGGGGUUGCUCUCGGAAGGUUUAGGGUUGGAGCGUGGGAGGUUUAAGGAGCUGACGUUUUCGGAUUCAAGGGCGCUUGUGGGGAUCUGCUAUCCUUACUGUCCUCAGCCUGAUCUGACGGUAGGGAUUAAGGCGCAUACGGAUCCGGGGUUCUUGACGGUCUUGUUGCAAAACCAUGUGCCGGGGUUGCAGGUUAGGCAUGAGAAUGAGUGGUUGGAUGUGAAGCCUAUGCCUGGUGGUUUGAUCAUUAACGUUGGAGAUUUUCUUCAGAUAAUCUCAAAUGGGGAGUACAAAAGUGUGCAGCACAGAGUGCUGGCCAACUCCAGGAAGGAAUCUCGGAUUUCAAUUGUGGUAUUUUUCAACCUAGCCAAAUGGAGGGAAGAUGGUUACUCUGGCCCUCUUCCUGAGCUUCUGUCACCUCACAACCCACCAAUUUAUCGAGACUUCACUCCCCAAGAAUUCCGUGAAAAUUUCUAUGGUAAAGGAAUAGAUACUAAGUCUCUGAUUCAGAAAAUUACAAUACGAAACUGA